CAGCGUUGCGCCUCCGCUGAGAGCUGCAGUUCUUGGGGCUCUUUGCCACUUUGGCGCCCCAAAAGCCGUUCGACCUGCUCGGCUUGGCAGCUGCCUUGUACUCUUUGCCCUGCUUACACCGAUACAAGUGCCUCAUCAGUGACUGUUCGGUCUCUUAGUGACCUGACUUGACCUUCUCGAAGUCCCGGCUCAGAUUUGGCUCUUCAGCAGUUCGCCGAUCCACUGCAGCUUGACAGCCGACACAUGUCGCUUCGUCGCCAGUCGAAAAGACUUUUGACAAUAUACAGCAGGGACCAGUCCGGCCAAACCUUCAGGCGGGACGUCUUCGUCCUGCAUUGCCGGCUCGAAAUAAUUCGCUGCCGCUCUGGCAGCUUGGGGGCUGGUACGGCUUGCACCGCCAGGACUACUGCCAUGUUGUGCGAGCGUAUGCGUACCGCUCCAAAGGUGCUCCCUGCGCAGUCGAGGUACCCCCGACGACGUUCGGAGCGAUCUACAUCAGCUUUUUUGCUUCGGGCCAAUCCACAGCUAUGCUCGAUACCCAUGCGUACGGCGAUUAUCCAGUAUGGUACGCUUCACGAGUAUGGUUUGACAUUGCAGCUAUUGACACAAGCAAACGCUGACGUUCGGUAAGGUGAUUUCGCUUGCCUACAGAUGUUAGACUGCUCACCGACCUGCUCGUAUUCGAGAAAUCUCGUUGGCUCUUCCUCAAAUCGGGUUCGAAUCACUCAAAAAGCUCAGCAACGGCGUGAAGACAUACGAUGCACCCUUGAGCUCUUUGUGAGAUUAUGAGAUUGACCUGUACGGUGUUGGCGUACCUUCUACCCAUUGCCCGGCCGAAUGGUGCCGGGCACUACUGCUGCUCAGGCAAUGGUCAAAGCACAGCGCACAGCUCAUCGAAGGCUCUUGUACUUACUCUGAUUCCGUCAAUGCAGUCAAAUGGCCA